AUUUUCAAGGGUCCAGAGGCUUUAAGGAAUCUCUACCACUAUUAUUUUUUUAUAUAGUUUAAUUAUUUCUAUUGCAAUUAAUCCAUGUGACGACCAAUCAAUCCGCGGACCGCUUUAAAACUCGACCAAUGGGGAGCUUUUGAAACGUCAAGUUCGCACUUUUUCGCUUUUUAAACAUUAUAAAGCGCUUUUUUGUUAGUUUGUACGCGAUUAGGAACGAAUAAGGAGCUCGACACGUGCUUUCAUAAACAUUAAACUUAUCGUUGCUUAAUAAUUGUUGUGAUUUGUGAGUUUAUGUUUUUUUUUAAACAAUCAGUGAGCAUUUCCCCUUUGGAAUAUUCCCUUUAAAAGCUAAUCACCUGAUUUUUGACACUCCACAUAGCAGGACGCCGCCCCCCUUCCCCAUUUCCGAAUAUGAUUUGGCCAUACGAAAAACCGUAAUUUCCCGCACGCUAGUAAACCCGAAAAUUAAUUCCCUUCCUUAAUUUGAUUGAACAAAAAACGAAUCUCAGGAAUACAAAUUGUAGAGUGUGAAAAUGGAAGAGCGAGUGUAUAGUAGCGAUCUGUCUUAUCCUAAGGAAGCGAAGAAGUGCCUGAUUUAUAGAAUAUUUGGUCAAGUGCCCGCCAGGUUGGUCCUCUACCUGCUGUCGUGGUCCGGAUUCCUCGUGUCGUUCAUGAUGAGAAACGACAUCAAUCUCACCAUUGUGGCCAUGGUGGCCGAGAGACCUCACGACAACUCAUCGGUAGAAUAUUGUUUCAUCGUCGAGGAUAAUAAUAAUACAGCACCAGAGGACUACGGAGGUACACUGGAAUGGUCCACCCGCAUCCAAUCGUUCGUCUUGGCCUCCUUCUAUUGGGCGUACAUCGUUUCCCAAGUGGUGGGCGGUCUGGCCACCCAAAAGUUGGGCACCAAAAGGGUGUUCGGAUACGCCCAACUGGCCACCGCGUUGUCCAGUUUGUCCAUUCCGAUGGCCGCCGAAACCCAUUACGGUUUGGUCAUCGCCUUGAGGUGCAUCCAAGGAUUCGCUUCGGGUCUCACAUGGCCUGCCAUGUACGCUUUGGUCGGGCAUUGGAUCCCCGUGCCCGAGAGGAGUAGAUUUAUGUCUAGUUUUCAAGGUUUUAGUAUAGGAAUCGGUAUAACGUAUCCGCUUUGCGGCUUUUUAAUCGCCCACCUCGGUUGGCGCUCCGUAUUUUACACCACCGGCUCGAUCGGGGUGAUCUGGUGCCUGAUAUGGUACCUGUUGGCCUUUGAUAGUCCCGAAACGCACCCUCGAAUCAGUCUUAGAGAACAAAAGUACAUCAGGGAGAACACCGUGAAUACUUACGAGAAUUCUAGGCAGCAAAAGGUGCCAUGGAAAGCGAUAUUAACAUCAAAAGCUGCCUGGUCCAUAGGCAUCACCACCUUCGGGAGGAUUUGGGUGCACUAUACUUUUAUUAUCUCUGGACCAACUUAUAUGAAAAGAAUAUUAGGAUUUAGCAUAGAAAAGAACGGAUUGUUGUCUGGAGCCCCUUUUAUAUGUAGUUAUGUGGCUUCGGUUUUUUUCUGUUAUAUAGCUGACAAAUUAGUGACGAGGAAUUAUAUGUCCCUGACCAAUUGUAGAAAACUUAUGACGGCUCUCUCUCAAGUAGUACCCGGAGCCCUAGUACCCUUAGUUAGUUACUUAGGCUGUGAUAUCGACUUGGUCCUGGUGGUAUGGUUUAUUGCAGUUACCUUAAUUACAGCAUCUUAUGCAGGUGCAAUGGCUAACGUGGUGGACAUCGCCCCAAAUUUCGCCGGUCCAGUAUUAGCGUUUGCCCAAACGAUUCAUAUGUCUGCGAGUUUUUUGAGUCCUUUGGCGAACUUUGAGGUUUUGGGGGGUCGGGAGCACCUGAUCACCGCCUGGAGAAAGGUCUUUUAUAUUACGUGUGCAGUGGCGUGCGGCACUUAUGUGUUUUAUCAGAUGUGGGGUACCGGGGAGAUACAACCCUGGAACGACCCGCCGACGUCCGAAACCGCCCUGGAAGAAGAAGAACUGAUGACAAACAACCGUAAAAAACAGACCGUCAUUAAAAACGGCAUCCACCCAAUGACGAAUAACGUGUCAAAUGGGAUAGAAAAAGACGACAAUAUGGCUUAACGAAUUAAAGCUCUUCUUCACCACAUUUCUUUGUAGGUAAAAAAUCAAAUUUCGUUACGUGAUAGAAUAAAUAGUAAUGAUUGAUUUAAAAGAAAAAAAAACCCUAUUUCCUCAUGAUGUAUUGUGAUAAUAUAGGUUUAGGAGAAACUACUUAAACGGUUAUAGUACUUUAAAUUAUUAUAUAUAUAUAGAUAUAUUGUGUAGCGUUUAAAAAAAUUGAAAAAGUAUUUUAGAAUAGUUUAUGUAAUAAUAAUAAUAAUUACGUUAUAUUGGCAUAUACAGGUACUAACUAAACUUAGAUGUAAGAGGUUUUUACAUAGGCAUAUAACCAAAGGAUUUUCAUAUACGUGAAGGGUGUUAUUAAUUAGUGGGUGGCCUAGUUCCCAAAUUGUGUGCUAUUUCUGAGGUACCAUGAAAUAUUUUAUCCCAAUAUUAAACUUAAAAUAUACAAUAACUGUCUAGAAAAAUGACGUAAAUUAAUUAAAUACGCGAUUAUCAAGAAAUAAAAAUGUCAGGUUCAGAUGCCCGGAUAUAUAAGAAAAGAUUGCCUUGAGGAAGUCAUAAAUUAAUCGAGACACUUGUGACUUCUUUUUUCAAUAUAUUUUCUGAAAUAUAUUAAGAAAAUCUGCUAAAUGUUAAUAAUUUCAAAAUUGUAUAGGUUUCAUUUAUGAACAUUUUGUAUAAUUUUUUUAACUUUCAAUGAAUAUUUUUAUUUUGAAAAAGGUUGAAAUUGCCCAAAGAAUAUUUCGUUCCCCAAAACACGAAGUGAGGUAACUGACAUUUGCAUAAUUUUACAGGAGAGCAAAAAAACGAAAAAGGUGCCCGUCUGCGGGCUCUGUACUACACAAUAAGAUGUGUAACGCAAUACUUUUUUAAAGUUUUUCUUCUCAAUGUAUGUCUUUUUGAAUACAAACAAUAUGAAUACUAUGUUUUAAAUAUUUUUUGAGAAAAAUUAUAUUUAGAUCACUUCGUGUUUCCAAAAUAGUUCUGAUACCGAUACGACGCUAAAUGAAUAUGAUAUUAAAAUGCAAUAACAAUAUUUUAAAUAAUUUUUAUUGACAACACGCUGAAAAUAAUAAUGUAUGUUAAAACUUGAAAAACUCUUUUAUAUUUUUAAAAACAAUAUUUUUACUUUAAAUUAUAUUUAUUCAAAAAUUAAACGGCCAGAGUAACGUGCUUAAAUUUAGUAUAAUACUACUGUACUUUUUAUUGGAAAACAUCCUAUUUAUAUUUAAAAUUGAUUGCUUAAUUGGCAUAUCUCACGGUAAAUUCCAUAUUUCCAAAUAUGCUGAGUAAGUUCCGGCGGUCGUUGCUAUUGCGACCCCACGGUGUCGCAAUACCAUCGUGACUGUUACAUAAGGUCAAUAUAAUCGCAUAUAACAUGUAUAUGCUGUAUAGAAGCUCAUAAUUAACGUAAUACUUCAAGUUACAAAACAUAGUUAAAUAUUAAUUUUUAGUAAACAACUUGUGAUUUUCUUUAAAAAAAAGAAAAAUAGGAAAAACUAACUAUUUUCGUACGGAAGAUUUUCAUAAAAUGUCUUAACUUUUGGCACGAUUAUUUGGCCGAAUUAUAGGAGUUCUUCCAUUGCAGAGGGAAACCAAAUCCUUAUAUUUCCGAUAAGAAAUAUUUAUCGGUCAGGUGUACAGUGAAGUAACUUUCAUUUGAUUUUUGGUAAUACCUCUCUUUAAUUCGAUUACAUCAAUUUCGUCAAUUAGAUUGUUACAGUUUAUUUUCGUCAGAUACAUAAAGAAUAAGAAAAUAAAAUGAAUCUAAAAUGUUAGCGAAAGCAUAGCCCGAUUAUAGAACUUUAAGAGGCAAUUUCUAAGUUAUUCUGGUGCUAAAAUUAAUAAAAUAAACAGUUAUCAUUUCAGUAUUAAUUCUAUUUUUGAUAUCAAUAAUUUUCAACCAUUAUGAUGAAACUCAAAUUAUUAAUCAUAGCAUUAAUUUUUUUUAAUUGUUUUGAUUUCACUAAUGUCAGAAGUCAUAUCCUAGCCAAUAAGAUCCCAGCUCAUUCUCCUAUAUCCCUACUAAAACCAUUUUUGGCGCGAAAAUCUUUGACCUCUAGGAGUCUUGAAGAACAAGCCUUUGCCGAAGGUUGUUUCUUGGUAUUUUUGCCGAUUUUACUCCAAUGAAAAGUUGAAAACUCACCUUUUGGGUAUUUUAGUUUGUGGAUACUAAAUGCCAUACUGCAAUAGUGCAGGAUUAUAAGUGGUGUAGUUAAAUCCCAACUUUUUCAAGGUUCUUUGUUUAAGUGUCCAGUUUUGUGUUCCCGAGAAAAGGCCAAUUCCAUUGGUAAGUCCUAAUAUUUUGAUUUGGCAUCUUGGUUUAUGAUAAUCUACAUAUUACACAUGUAAUUUUAUAUAAGUAGACUCACGCAUACCUUUUAAGUUUAACCAUCAAUGCUUAUAUCUACUUACUCUAUUGGCGAUUCCUCAAUCUGGAUAUUCUUCCACUUUCAGGCUUUUUCUUUUAUCCCCCAGUAUGGUCUUUAUCCACGAUUAUAAGAGGUAGAAAUCUCCACUCAUCUACUCCAAUAACGUCCACAACAUCUACAUUGACAUUCACUGUUAAACCGAUCCACCCAGGUCUCCCAUCGCAAUCAUGCAGCCCUUUUGGAGCCAGGUUUGAUCAAUGUUUGUGACGUUUAGUGAACCAUGCAGUCAGUAAAACAACCUAACCAGUAAACCAAAGUCCUGUCAACAUUCAUUAGCUUUACUGUAGUAUAUUAGACUAAAUACUAACCUCAAAAUUACAUUGUUACCACUCUCAUCAUUAGAUUUUACUACCACACCAUUGUUUUGAAUAGUUUCAUAAUAACUAGGUACAUAUUAGUUAUUUUAUUGAAAUAGACCGUAUAUAUCUUGUAAACUGGAUAAAUAGGCCUAUUUCGAAGGUACUCAUGCGAACUUUUAGCCCCAAACAACAUAAUAUAAGAUUUUAGUGUUGAUAUAAACACUAUAUUUAGGAAGGGCAACAUAACUUGUUCUUAGAAUAAUAAGUUUGAUUAUUAAUUUUUCUUUUAAUAUAGAUUCACUUAAAACUGUCUGUUCUUCCUUGUGAGAUUUUCUUUCAGGUUUAUAGGUCCUAUAGUGCUUUUAGUAAUUUCCUGUUUUCUUGGUCAUCGGGAUUUUCUUAUCCAUCUGGGAUAAAACAGGUGGCGCUUAUAUUUUAUUGAUCUCUUGUUGAAUCCACGCCACUCUACCAAAGUGGUUAGUGCUAGUCGGCUUCCCUUUGAGAAGAUCCCCUGAGCUGUCUCUAUAGCCUAUAGUAAGUCUCCCUCCUUCCAUUGGUUCCCUUGUACCCACUUUCUAACCCUCACUCCCCAUAUCUUUACUUCCUGUUAUUCUCCAUCCCUCCAUUCAAAUUUCAUUUAAUCCAAGUAUAAUUAAAGCGAUAUUAAGGUAAUACAUUUUUAUUGAUUAAUUAUAAUUAUUAAUUCUUUAAUUUUUAAUUCUUUAUUUUUUUUAUUUUUUUUAUUUUUUUUAAUCUAACAAGAUGGCUGGUUUAAAAAAAUAUUUUGUUUGGAUGCAUGAUAUCUACCUUGAUUUCCAUUAUGUCGGUCCAGUUUACUGCUUUUCCUGAUGCACUUUUUCGGAUGGACAAGAUCCUCAAAUCCUUGGACAAAGUUUUAAAAUCCAAACAAUCAAAAAUGUCAUUGGGUAAACUUUAUAGGGCUGUUAGCGUCUUGCCAAAUUAAUAAUUGGUAGCAACUGGGCUGGUUCAAAAACAUCUCCCGCUUUCCCAAUUGCAUGAGAAAUACUGCUGUGAGCCGAAUUUCCUUCAUUUUGCCCAUGGUUCGUAACAAAAAAUCUUAGCGAUAUCUCCAUAAGCUGGGGAAAAACAUUCAAAGCGUACAAAAGCAUUGCAACCACAACUUUUACCUUGGUUACAGUAUUCCUCCAAAACUUUAAAAAUACAAGUGGCAAUUUCUGAUGAUCCUCUUUUACCGGCUGCUUCGUGCCACACGAAACAAUGGCAAUCUUUACUGGCUAAGUUAUAAAGAGUAAAAUUAAAGUUGGAUAAUCUACUCUUAUAAAAUAGAGCGCUCUCUUUGCUGAUUGGUAAGUAGAUUGUAACGUGUUUUUGGAGGUUGAGGCGGAGGUGAAUUAUACGACUGCUUUGAAGGCGGAAUGACAACUGCUUUAUUUUAUGAAAAUGGCGUUUUAUAUAUACAUGACAAAUGACAUAUGCUACUUGUCAAUCUGUAUUGACAUAUCGAUUAAGGCUCUUGUACAUAAACGACUAUGAAGUAUACAUCACAUCCCCCUUAUUGGCCCAAAUAAAAUGCUAUAUCACAACUUGCUUUUUUCCAUCAUUUCUAUCACAGUUCAAACCUAUUAUUAAAUACAUAGCCUAUAUUUUAAUACCCUACAAGUCUCUUAACAUAUACACAGCCUCAUUAACCUAAUUGUAUGUACAACACAAUUCUUUUAUCUAUAUAUAUAAAAUAUAUCUUCUCUAUAUAAAAAUCAUAACCAUUUAACUAUAUAUUUUAUAAUAUACCUAUGUAAUUAGCAUAUGCCAAACAAAUUCAGAACAUUACUUAUUAUACAAUAUUCAAUUUAAAAACUUUUUAUUUAUAGAUUAUGUAACCAUCAAACUUUGAGUUUCUCUUAAUAUUUCGACCAGAUUUAGAUGUUGACGGGAGAAUGUCAGUAUUUGUAAAAUCUGAAUCUGCAUGUGCAUUAGAGUUUAAUUGAGUGCUGUUUGCAUCACUCUCAUUUUGUAAUAAUUCCGUAAUAUUCUCAGUUGGUUGAUAACAUGUAUUAUCCACCACUGACUCAGUUGACUCGAAACUACUCGUACUUGAAUUUAAAUCCUCUAUACUCAUUCUGUCAUCUCUCAUCUGAUCUAUCUCUUCCCUGUCAACAUGUAAAUUUUCCUUACUUAAACCUAAAUACAUAUAUUCUUGAGUUCCACACAAAGAUACGUCACUUUCUGUAAACACAAAAUUAUCAUAGUUCAACGUUGCCCUUCAGUUUUGUCGGGUUUCUAAAUUUUUUUAAAAAUGUUCUAUUUCUGACUAAAGUUGAGCCAUCCUCUGUACAGGUCUUAUAGGAUCUAAAUCCUAAUAUGUCAAUAAUAGUACCCCUUUUCCAAACUUGAGAUAACUCUCCUUUAUACAAAAUUUCGUCAUUUACUGCCAAAUCUGACAAAGUUUUCACCCCUUUCUUGUCAAAAUUCUUUUUUUGUUGUAUUUUAUUAUGAUCCAGAUACUCAUUAUACUUUUUAAUGUCAAGAUUAGGUUUCACAUUGUAAAGUUUAGGCAGCAAAUCCCUGAGAGACCUACCCAUUAAAAUAUGUGCUGGCGAUUAUGUAUUGGCGUGUUGUGUAAAUCUAAAAGAGCUAAGUAGGGAUCUCUAUUUUCACGUUUACAUUUUUUUAACAUGUUUUUGACAGUGCCUAUUGUUCUUUCUACUUGUCCAUUGGACUGAGGAUACCUGGGAGAUGAAAUUAUAUGUGAAAACUGCAAUUUUUGUGAAAAAUCUUUAAAUUCAUUGCUGUUAAAUUCAGGUCCUCCAUCUGUGCAUAUAACCACAGGAAUACCAUGUCUUGAAAAAAUUGAUUUUAAUUGCAAAAUUACAUUUUUACUUGUUAGAUCCCCACUUAGAUUCACCAGCUCCACAAAUUUGGAAUAAUAAUCUAGAGUAAGCAAAUAUGCCUGACCAUCUAAAUGAAAAAUGUCACAUACAACUUUUUGCCAAGGUAUUUUCGGAAUAUCAUGGGGACUCAAUGGUUCUGACUGAUUGUUUUUACUAUAAAUUUGACAUGUUGCGGAAGACAACACCACGUCCUGGCUCUGCCUAUUCAUAAAAGGCCAAUAAAAAGAUAAAUUUGCCCUUUGAAUACAUCUGUUGACCCCCGUGUGUGAAUUUGAAUGUAAUUUAUUUAAAAUAUCUAGUCUGCAAGCCAAAGGUACUAUUAGUUUAUGUCCCUUGUAUAUUAAAUUAUUUAUGUAUGAUAAUUCCGAUGUUAUUUUAUAAAAAACUUUUAGGUUCUCUUGUACUUCCCUUAUUUUAUUAGGACAACCCUCUAGAAUAUAGGUUUUUAGCUGCUGUAAAUCUGGAUCAGAGUUUGUGUGUUUAGCAAGCUCUGCUAUUUUUUCAUCUGUUGCAUCCAGAAAAUGUUUCACGAUACAUAUUUGAGCUUCUACUUCUAGUUCUUGAUUUUCAUUAAAAUAUUUGUUUUCAUACGCUCGACUUAAAGUAUCUGCAAUAACUAAUUUUUUGCCAGGUUUAUAAAUUAAAGUAAACUUAAAUUUUCUUAACUGUAAAACCAUUCUCUGCAAUCUCGGUGGACAUGAACUUAUUGGUUUUUUAAAAAUAUGUAUUAAUGGAGAAUGAUCCGUUUCAACAGUAAAAUUAGCUAACCCGUAAACAUAUUGAAAAAACUUUUCACAACCAAACCAUACAGCCAAACAUUCCUUCUCAAUUUGUGAGUAAUUCCUUUGUGUCUCCGUCAAAGCUCUGGAUGCAUGAGCACAGGCCACUGCAUCCUGCAAUAGGGUGGCACCCAUACCAUCUUUCGAAGCAUCCACUGAUAUGACUACCGGCUUUCUAGGCUCAAAAAAUUUAAGACACGGAGCUACAAAGAAUGUCUUUAAGAUUUUGAAAUGCUAACUGGUGACCAUUUUCCCACACAAAUUGCACAUUUUUUUUUAACAGCUCUCUCAACAUAGUUGUUUUUUCUGAAAGAUUUUUGACAAAACGACCCAGAUAUGUAACCAUGCCCAGAAAACGCUGCACACCCUGGACAUCCUGAGGCCUUGGCAUAUUUUUUAUGGCUUCAACCUUCGAUUCAUCUGGAGUGAUACCCUGGAUGGAAAUUUUGUGUCCUAAAUAUGUCACCUCAUUCAUACAAAAUUUGCACUUUUCUUUAUUGAACCUAACAUUAUGUUUUUUGGCCCUUUCAAACACUUUUUUUAAGAUUUUUAAAUGAGAUUCAUAUGUGUCACUAUAAACCAAGAUGUCGUCAUAAUAGACUCCACAACCUGAAAUAUCUGAAAAAAUGGCUGUCAUCUUUUUCUGGAAAACCUGAGGAGCACAAGAUAAACCAAAAGGCAUUCUCAAAUAUCGAUAUUUGCCUAAAUUUCCCACACUGAAAGUACAGAUCUGCGAAGAUUCUUUGUCCAGUUGUAUCAUUGAAAAUCCCUGAGUAGCAUCCAGUGUUGAGAAACAUUUACAAUUGCUCAGCUUCGAUGUUAAUUCCUCUACCGUUGGAAUAUGUCAAAAAAAUUUUGUUUUAGUUGAGCAUUUAAAGCUUUAGGGUCUAAACAAAUACGCAAAGUAUCAUCUUUUUUUUUAACUAUGACAAUCGGAUUUAACCACUCCGAACUCUCAUUACUUUUUUCUAUAAUCUUGUUUUGCUCUAGGUUCUUUAAAGUAAGCUUUAAUUUAUUUUCUAGUGCAAAAGGAACUUUACGGGGGGGUACUACAACUGGUUGAUAAUUUUCUUUUAAAUCUAUGUGAAAUUCAUUUUCUAAACACCCUAUACCAUGAAAUAAAAACUCAUAAUCUUUCAUUAUUGCCUCAAAAGACUGACUCUCACUAUCAACUGAAUCUAUUUUUUUAAUCAGACCCAAAUCUACACAGCUUUUUAAACCCAAAAUCGCUUUACCCCUUUGACUAACCACAUAAAAAGGUAUAAGUACCUUUUUAUUUUUAACAGAACAAUUUAACUUACAGCUUCCAAUUAUUGGCAAACUAUUAUCAGUAUAAGAAAUUAGUAUUACCUUCGUUUUUUCUAAAUUCUCAAAUUCAAAUCCUAUCUUAUGCAGAAUUUCUACAGGCAUGAUGUUGGCCAUCGCCCCAUUGUCGAGUGUAAACUCGAAAAGCUGUCCACUGAUGUUCACCGGUGUAGUCCAUGAGCCCCCAUGUAUCUCGUUGACCUGGCCUUCGAUUGCACUGACAGUCCCUAUGAAUAAAAUCUCAUCAGCGCUACGAUUUAUCUCAUUCUGAUCAUCAAAAGUGAAAUUUUUUUAUUUUUAUUUUUAAAAUUAUUACAUUUCUCGCUAUACUUAUUAUAGCUUCUAUGGGUACUACUAUUCCUAUUUGAAACCCGAUUCACCUUAUUUGAUUUAUAGUUGCCUCCAGUUUGUCCUCGUCCUCUUGCCUCAGCUUUAUUGCACAACGCUGCAAAAUGGUUUGCCCCUCCACAUGCUCCACAAUGCUUCCCGAAUGCUGGACACCUUCCAUAGCUGUGGCGGUUGCCACACUUUCCACAUUUGUUCUGCGGGUACUUCUUGACCAAGUUUACCAUAGGCGAGACUUCAGGCGUCCCCGAGUAGGUCCCAUGUCCAAUGGCAAUCUCCCGGCCAUGCUCCUUACACUUCUGAGCAUUGACGCAAUACUGCACUACUUCUUCCAGCGUCUUCAGGUCAGCUUCCUCCAGGAGUCUCUCUCUCUGCGAGUGUGAUUUUAUGCCACAAGAAUUUGCCAGAUUUUUUAGCUCUGUUGAAAAAUUUUCAAUAGUCUGUGAGUCUUUUUGUUUGCAGGUAAACAAUUUAUGUCUAACGUAGGUAAGAUUCUUCUUAGGAUAAAAAUACUGAUCAAAUUUCUCAAUUAAAGGGUCUAGCUUAUCUUUUUCAGCUUCAGUAAAUGAAAAUGUGUCAAAAAUUCGAAUCCCUUCCUCUCCAAUUAAGGUUAAAAGUUGGGCGCAUUGUGUUACCUGCUCUUUUUUCGUAAUUUCUGUGGCCUUCAGGUAGGUGAUGAACCGCUGUUUCCAAAAACUCCAGUUUUCCGCGACGUUUCCCGAAAACUUCAUGGGCGGCACCCCGCGGAAAUCCAUGGUCUUGACGAUUGUAGCAGAAAAAGUUCAAAAUCUAGCAGGAUUUCUUCAAUAUUUUAAGAUUUUCUUCAAUAUUUCGUGUUUUCCGACUGCGCCAUGUAACGUGUUGUUGAGGGUUGAGGCGGAGGUGAAUUAUACGACUGCUUUGAAGGCGGAAUGACAACUGCUUUAUUUUAUGAAAAUGGCGUUACUUGUCAAUCUGUAUUGACAUAUCGAUUAAGGCUCUUGUACAUAAACGACUAUAAAGUAUACAUCACAUAGAUAACUUGCUGAAGGUCGAAAACCCUACAUAGAGUUGUUUUGUCAGUAGUUGAGACUUCUUUAAAUUCUUUCUUUAAUGCUCUAACCUUGGAUUUUUCCUUAAUGUGAUUUUCAAAGACUUGUUUUAACUCUUCUUGUACUUUUUCAUUUCCUUCCCUAAAUGAUGCGCACAACGAACAUUGGUCUUUCUUCGCAUGAUGAAAAAAGAGAUUUUAUUUUCGAGAGGGUUUAUUUUGGAUAUUUUAAAGUUGUAGAUCUUCAAUGAACAUGUCGUGCAUCUUUUGUAAUGUUAAGUCUGGAUGAAGGUACAAACGCGAAGAUUUUUCGCAGCAAUAAUGUGACUCCAUCUUCGGGUAUCUUUCAAUAUGGACACUUAUUUUUUUUUCAUUUCCUCUUCUCUUUGGCGACCGCCCCUUUUUUCUUUUUCUACGAUUCCUACUUCACUAGUUUUACAAAGCGCUGUUCGAACUGAACGUUCAGAGAUUCCCAGAGUAUUAAAAAAAAAAAAAAUUACAAACAGGUAAACGAUUAUAACCAAUUGUAAAAAAAUACUUUAAAGUAUAACUUCGUCGAGAUUCUGUCUUCACCGUUUUUCGAUUGACUUUUUGUUUCGUAACGUGAUUUAUUAAAAAAUCACGUUGCCUUGUAAGGUUAGCCAAAAGGUAAUAACUAUCAAACAGGCGUUUUCUUUCUUCUUCGUCUAUUAAUGGCAUUUUUUGCCAUUCUUUAAACACUUUUCGGAUCGACAUCGUGGUUUUAUAACCUUAGCAGGAAUGUUUUCCUUAUAAGGGCUUAAGUAUUCUUCACCAGAGUCCUUCAAUCUUUUGGCCUCUUUCUGUUUGUUAAUUUUUUAAAUUUUCAUUUCAUGGUUUUCCUUUUCAUUCCCGUCAACUAAAAAAUCUUCAGGCUGGGCUGCACUUAUUGACUUAUCGGCGUCGCCUUGUUCCAGGUCUUGUAGAUUGCCGAUUUCGUCGAUUUCAGCUGUUAUAUGAGCUGUUUUAUGACCAAAACGUAAACAGUCAUCCGGGUCUUCUAUAAAAUGUUCGUAACACAAAAGAAUGCUGCAAAUGUGGCAUGCACUGAAAACUUCUGCUUUGCAUCUUCUAGCUAAGACUAGAGAAGAUACAAUUUUUCAAAUUUUAAAAAUUUGUCAAAAUGUUCUCUGGACUUUUGGAAUAAAUACCUAUUUCAGCAUUUUUUAAAAAAAUAUGUACAAAAUAUUAAGCAAAAAAGUCUUUUUUCGAAAAAUUUUGUUUUUUCUUUAAAUUGUACUAAACAUCCAUAACCUCAAAACUGGGCAAGAUAUAAUUUUGAAAAUUUGUACAAAUAUUCUUUGGACAAUUUGACUAGAUAACUAUUUCACCAAUUUUAAAAAUAUGUGCAAAGCAUCAAAAAAAAACUGUACAAAUAUUCUUUGAACAAUUUGACUAGAUACUUAUAUCACUAUUUUUUAAAAAUGUACGAAGCACAAAAAAAAUUAUAAAAUUUCCAAAAAAGUACAAUAUUUUUGUACUUGUACUAUGCAAUUAUUCAAGAGUGCUCUAGACUAUUUGAGUUGUUACCUAUUUCAGCAUUUUUCAAAACAUGUACAAAAUAUUAGACAAAAAAAAAUCGAAAUGUACUAAACAUCGAUGACUUCAAAACCUGGCAAGAAACAAUUUUGAAAGUUUGUACAAAUAUUUUUUGGAUAAUUUGACUACAUACUUAUUUCAUUAUUUUUUUAAAAUAAGACAAAACAUCAAAAAAUUAAUACAUUUAAAAAAAAAUAAAAUAUAAAAAUAAAUUGUUAUAUCCAUAACUUUAAGCCCGGACUAGAUGCAAUUUUGAAAAUCUAUAGAAAUAUUAUUUUCACCAUUUGAGUGGAUGCCUAUUCCAGUAUUUAUUAAAAUAAGUAUAAAAUAAUUAAAAAAAAAUCCUGUUUUUUUAAUUGUACAAGUUGUCUAUAAGUGGACAUAAUACAAUUUUAAAAAUUUGUACACAUAGUCUUUGGACAAUUUGAGUAGAUACCUAUUUCACCAUUUUUCAAAAUUGUACAAAACAUCAAAAAAUCAAUUUGUGAAGAAGUGGAGAUUAGUCCUAGAUUGGACCACAUAGAAUUUUGAAAAUGUGUACAAAUAUUCUUUGAAUGAUUUGAGUAGACACUUAUUUUAGCAUUUUAUAAAAUAUGGACAAAAUAUUUUAAAAAAAUAAAAAAUUACAAUUUUUUCUUAAUAAAUUGUAUAGAAAGUCCAUCCCCAAACCCAACCCCAAAACUAGAUCUCAUAAAAAUGUGAAAUUUAUACAAAUAUAUUCUUUGGACAAUUUGACUGGAUACCAUAAAUUUUUCAGAAACCAAUUGCCAUAAUGUAACUGGACACCUUGUAUACUUUUAAAACCACUGGUUAUAUGUCUAUGCAUUAUUAUUUUUAAAUGCCAUAUUAGGGUAUGUGCACAAUUUCUCUUAGUACUACCACUCAAUUCAAGGUACGUAGCUCCCAAAGAUUUUUUAUUAUUUUUCUUGACAAUCAUCGUCACACAUUCUUUCACGGAAUAAAAUGCAUUCCUUCUUAUUUAUAGUGUUUGUCGAGAAAAGUCUAGUAUUUCGAAUUGUACUAAAUGUUUUUGCGGGUGUAUGUGCGUAACUUGCCACAGUUUUUGUUAAGGUCCACAGAAACAGAUUUUACUAGAAUACAUAAACAAAUCGCCGAUUCUUGAUAGCAACGUUAUUUAGAACAAGUUUAGAUAUUUUAAUGCUUUGCCGGCUUUGGAAGGAUUAAUUAUUGUUAAAUCAAAAUACCUAUUACAAUUUAUUUAUUGUAGAAUGAGGUUAGUUGGUCAAACGGCUUCAAGAAUUUGGUGUUAAAUAUAUACAUAGAGAUAUUUUUUUUAACACA